UUUGGGUUCUCUUUUGAUCUCUCUUUCUCUCUCACGUUGCACCUAGUGAAGAGAGAUGGAAAGCAAGCGCGCUCUUAGAAGAGUCCUACGGCCUUUCUUGUUCACGGGAGUUUGGUUGACGAGUACUCUUCUUUAUUUAGGUUUGGAGAAGAGAGGGAAGUCAUUUGGAAGAGUGUAACCGUGUGAUGAUGUUGAGGAGCUCGUCCACCCCAGUUCUUGGCUCCCUCCUCUCCUCUUCCUCCUCCCUCCACAUCUCCUCCGAGUGUUCCAACCACCACCACCAUUCCUCUCCCAACUCCGACCUCCACUCUUUCUCCUGUCAUUUAUCCCCUACCUCCGACGGCUUCCGUGACCAGAGCCCGUCCCUCGGCAUCCGGAGAAGCCGCUCCGAUGGCAAUCUUCGCUCCUUUCUCUCCGACCGCCAUCCGCCAUCACCGAAGUGCCCCUCUCAACUUCCACAUACGACUCUCGAGACCAUCCUUUCCUUCUCCGUGUACAUCCGGAAAACACUGGCAGAAGAGGAGGCAGCGGAGGAAGAAGACGAUGACGAGAACGAUGGGCAGCGCGUUGAUGGAGGAUUCGAUUUUGCAAGCGAAAAUCGAACUGGCUCUGCGAGUAUUGGCGGGCCGCCGCCGCCGCCUCCGUUGUUCCUCGCGAGAGGGCUCGGGAUCGACCGGAUCGGGUCAGGACUCUUGACCGCUGGCGGUGGUGGUGGUGUUGGGACAUGCGACGUUCCGAUGGGGAACGGAGGAGAGCAGUCGGAUGUGGAGAUGCACUACAAGCGGAUGGUGGAGGAGAACCCAAGCAAUGCUCUGUUCCUGAGAAACUACGCGGAGUUUCUCUACCAGGCCAAGGGAGACAUUAAAAGAGCCGAGGAGUACUACUCUCGCGCUAUACUUGCGGACCCUGAUGAUGGAGAAAGUCUAUCACAAUACGCUAGAUUAGUGUGGGAGCUGCACCAGGAUGAAGAACGAGCUUCCAGCUACUUUCAACAGGCAGUUCAAGCUGCACCUCAUGACAGCCAUGUUCUUGCUGCGUAUGCUGAGUUCCUGUGGUACACAGAGGAGGACGAUGAUGGAGAAGGAGGUGCAGAAGGUGAUGGAUCGCAAAAUUCCACCAUGUGAUCGUCGCCUAACGCUCCUAUGACCGCUUGACAUGGAGCAGUAUGUCUAAAUUAGCUAAGGAAAGAGGAAACGAAAUUGUUAAGUAGCUUAAUCUGCUUGAAUGUGUGAUGAUAACAACAGGGGCUUGAUGAGAAGCUCAUGAGUUUUCACUCUGAUCCAUUAAAGAUCAGGAGAAUGGCAAUACGUGUUGGGAAAAGAUGUUCUGAAUACGUGGAAACGAUAAAUACCAUUAUUUUUUUUCGAAUUUA